UCGUUUUGAUUGCCCGGCAUCUGCUAAACCCUCUCACCUCACCUCCCAAAUUCAAAUCUUAAACCCUAAAAACCUCUAUCCUGCCUGUUGCUCUGUCCACCUAAUAUUCUGGCGAAAUCUCGCCAUUGCACAAUAACAUCCUCCAAGUCCAAACACAAGGCAUUGGCGUUUAGAACCGGCAAACGGUCAUUUCAGGUUGUGCUAUGCCCAUUAAGCUGUUACCGCAUCUUCGCUUCUUCAAUCUUUCAUUCCCAGUCACCCGUUUCCCUUCAAUGAAUCUUAAACCCUCUAUCCACACUUCUGGAGUCGUACCCACUUUGCGUCGGGCCUUCCCUUUUAAGCUCAAAUACUUAGGUUUCGCCGCUCACGAUAAUGACCCACAGCUUCAGCUCCGUGUGCGGAAAUUAUCCACUCGCCCGUUUCGAUCCGGGUCCGGGUCCGCCUCUAGGCCUGUGUUCUCUCGUGGUGGGGAGAGACGUCGAGAUGAAAUUCCUGGGUCCAAGAGUUUAAUUGAGGACGAGGCUGAACUUAGUGACUGGGUUAGUGAGUUAGGGCGGAACUCAUUCCGUGGUAAACGGAUUAACAGAGACGAGGAAGAGUCAGAUUUCAGGAAGCCUGUUCGUAGAGAUAGAGACUCUUCAUUGAUGAAGAGGAGAAGAGAGAGUGAAUCGUACGGGUCUAAUAGGAGAGUGAAUCGGAACUCAGCUAAUUCAUUUUCAAGGAAUAAUAGUUCCAUGUUUAAUAGGGAUCUUGAGAAUGAUAAUGGGGUGCCUUUUUCGCAGAGAAAGAAUCGUGGAUUUGAGAGAGGGGGAAUUGAUAAUUCUUUUACAGAGAAGAGAAGUGAGAGGAAGGACAGAAGGAGUUUCAAGAAAGAAGAGAAAAUUUAUAAAAGAGAAAGGCUCAUUUCGGAUGAUGAUAUUGGUGAUGAAGUGAAUGAGGAGAGAGGGAGAAUAAUGAGUGGUAUAGGGGAUUUGCUUAAUGAGAAUGUUAGUGACGUUGAUGAUGUUAGUGAUGAUAUUGAUGAUGAUGAUAGUACUUUACAGAAGAAUGCCAGGAUUUCAAUUGGAUUAGACGAAGAAGGCAGUAAGACAAGAAGCUUGCCAGGGAAAUAUGAUUCUUAUUUGAGUGAGAGCAGAUUCGAUCAAUAUCCGCUCUCCCCUUUGUCACUGAAAGGAAUCAAGGAUGCUGGAUAUGAGAAGAUGACCAUAGUGCAGGAGGCAACUCUACCUGUGAUACUCAAAGGUAAGGAUGUUCUGGCAAAGGCUAAAACAGGCACUGGAAAAACUGUAGCAUUUUUGCUUCCUUCUAUUGAAGUUGUCGUAAAAUCUCCUCCUGUUAGUCGUGAUCAAAAGCGGCCCCCAAUUCUUGUGCUCAUAGUAUGCCCUACCCGAGAGCUUGCAACUCAAGCUGCUGCAGAAGCUAACAAACUACUGAAGUUUCAUCCAUCAAUAGGAGUUCAAGUUGUGAUAGGUGGUACAAGACUUGCUAUGGAGCAAAAGCGGAUGCAAGCAAACCCUUGCCAGAUUCUUGUCGCAACUCCUGGAAGGCUCAGAGAUCAUAUUGAGAAUACUGCAGGAUUUGCAACAAGGUUGAUGGGCGUGAAAGUUCUCAUACUUGAUGAAGCCGAUCAUUUAUUGGACAUGGGAUUUCGAAAGGACAUUGAGAAUAUAAUUGCUGCUGUUCCAAAAGAACGACAAACACUCUUGUUUUCUGCCACAGUUCCUGAAGAGGUUCGUCAAAUUUGUCAUAUCGCUUUGAAAAGAGAUCAUGAAUUCAUCAAUACUGUUGAAGAAGGAAGUGAGGAAACACACUCAAAGGUUAAACAGAUGCAUUUAGUUGCUCCACUAGACAAGCACUUCCCCCUCCUGUAUGUUCUUCUGAAAGAGCAUGUAGCUGAUAAUGUUGACUAUAAGGUUCUUGUAUUUUGUACAACUGCCAUGGUAACCAGAUUGGUUGCUGACCUUCUUGGUGAGCUGAAGCUGAAUGUUAGAGAGAUACACUCUAGAAAGCCCCAGAGUUACAGAACAAGGGUUUCUGAUGAAUUUAGGAAAUCAAAAGGUCUCAUUCUUGUGACUUCUGAUGUGUCUGCUCGUGGGGUCGAUUAUCCUGAUGUCACCCUUGUCAUUCAGGUGGGUUUGCCAGCUGAUAGAGAACAAUAUAUACAUAGGCUUGGCCGAACUGGUCGUAAAGGCAAAGAAGGGGAAGGCCUAUUGUUACUCGCUCCUUGGGAGGAAUUCUUUUUAUCAACUAUCAAGGAUUUACCAAUAACAAAAGCGCCUGUGCCUUCAUUUGAUCCAGACACACAGAAAAAGGUAGAGCGUGCACUUACCAAUGUGGAGAUGAAGAACAAAGAAGCAGCGUACCAGGCAUGGCUUGGUUUUUAUAAUUCCGUAAAGAAUGUGGGGAGGGACAAAAUUAGGCUUGUGGAGCUUGCAAAUGAAUACAGUCGAAGCAUGGGUCUUGUUAGUCCUCCAGCUAUUCCCAAGCGCGUCCUCGCCAAAAUGGGUCUUAGGAAUAUACCUGGUUUACGUUCAGAGUAAUAUGAUAUUGCGGAAACUUACAGCUUCGAAAAUUUCUCAUAUUUAUUAUGGUAACCAAUUAAGCUUUUUGAUGUGUCCUGUGCUGAAACUGAAUAUUAUGAUAUCAGUCUUGAGUCUUGAUUAAGAGCUUUUGUAUUUUAAACUUUUUAAAAGUGAAUUUAAUAUAAAGAUCCAAGAAACAAGUUUCUAGAUAA